AAACCACACAUCCUCCGACAACAACUGAUGCUGCAACCCCAAGCCAAGACUCAGCUACUACUGACUUAACGACUCCAAUACCCGAUACUUCGUCACAACCUCCACCAUCAACACCAAUGACAACAAUGCAAGAGCUCACCACUGCGGAUGAAACGGUAGCCCCAGGGAUCAGUACCUGUCAAGGGUACUGUGAAACAAAGGCACCAGGAGGAUGUUUCUGUGAUUACAUUUGUCAGGAAUACAAUGAUUGCUGUGAAGAUUAUUAUAUAUAUUGUCAACCUGUGGUACCAUCGACUACUUCAGAUACACCAACCACACAUCCUCCGACAACAACCGAUGCUGCAACCCCAAGCCAAGACACAGCUACUGCUGACUUAACGACUCCAAUACCCGAUACUACGUCACAACCUCCACCAUCAACACCAAUGACAACAAUGCAAGAGCUCACCACUGCGGAUGAAACGGUAGCCCCAGUGGUACCAUCGACUACUUCAGAUAAACCAACCACAAAUCCUCCGACAACAACUGAUGCUGCGACCCCAAGCCAAGACCCAGCUACUACUGACUUAACGACUCCAAUACCCGAUACUACAUCACAACCUCCACCAUCAACACCAAUGACAACAAUGCAAGAGCUCACCACUGCAGAUGAAACGGUAGCCCCAGUGGUACCAUCGACUACUUCAGAUACACCAACCACACAUCCUCCGACAACAACCGAUGCUGCAACCCCAAGCCAAGACACAGCUACUACUGACUUAACGACUCCAAUACCCGAUACUACGUCACAACCUCCACCAUCAACACCAUUGACAACAAUGCAAGAGCUCACCACUGCGGAUGAAACGGUAGCCCCAGAGGUACCAUCGACUACUUCAGAUACACCAACCAGAAUUCCUCCUACAACAACUGAUGCUGCAACCCCAAGCAAAGACACAGCUACUACUGACUUAACGACUCCUAUACCCGAUACUACGUCACAACCUCCACCAUCAACACCAAUGACAACAAUGCAAGAGCUUACCACUGCGGAUGAAACGGUAGCCCCAGUGGUACCAUCGACUACUUCAGAUACACCAACCACACAUCCUCCGACAACAACCCAUGCUGCAACCCCAAGCCAAGACCCAGCUACUACUGACUUAACGACUCCAAUACCCGAUACUACAUCACAACCUCCACCAUCAACACCAAUGACAACAAUGCAAGAGCUCACCACUGCAGAUGAAACGGUAGCCCCAGUGGUACCAUCGACUACUUCAGAUACACCAACCACACAUCCUCCGACAACAACCGAUGCUGCAACCCCAAGCCAAGACACAGCUACUACUGACUUAACGACUCCAAUACCCGAUACUACGUCACAACCUCCACCAUCAACACCAUUGACAACAAUGCAAGAGCUCACCACUGCGGAUGAAACGGUAGCCCCAGAGGUACCAUCGACUACUUCAGAUACACCAACCAGAAUUCCUCCUACAACAACUGAUGCUGCAACCCCAAGCAAAGACACAGCUACUACUGACUUAACGACUCCUAUACCCGAUACUACGUCACAACCUCCACCAUCAACACCAAUGACAACAAUGCAAGAGCUUACCACUGCGGAUGAAACGGUAGCCCCAGGUAAAUUCAUGUCCUAA